AUGCAGCUCCUCCCGCCUCCCACCCACACCGGCACCAGGACUGAAAUGGAUGCUAAAAAGCCAAGGAAAGGCAGUUUGACAUCCUUCCCGAUUUUGAAAGCAACAAAGAAACAAAAUCUCACCUCUGUGAAGGUUGAGAGUAAGCCUUUGCUUCAAAUCCAGAAACCACCUACCAAGGUCAAGAACUUCAGGAUGACCCAAUUCUUGAAUAAGAGCACUAACACCAGCUUCACUUCGCUGCCUUUCGUGGACACCAAGGGGAAGAAGACCAUGGUGAACUUCCCACACAUCAGCAGUAAACUCCCACUAAAGCAGCCCUCGCUGUAUCAGGAGAAUCAAGCUCACCGUCAGAAGUCUUCUGAGCUCAAGCCUUCUGAGACGGUCUUCCCUUCGAAUGUGAAAACCCAAGACACCAAAGCAGAGGAGAAGCCGCCAAAGAAGCCCAAACACAAGGUGCCUCUGACAGCGGCAGAGGCCCUAAAGUUUUUUAAGAAGCAGCUGUCUUCUUACGAGCAAAGUGAGAUCCUGGGCUACACAGAGCUGUGGUUCCUGGGUCUGGAAGCCGAGAAGCUCCACAUGGCUCCGGAAAAAUUCAGCAAGACAAGUUUCGAUGAUGAACAUGGCUCCUACAUGAAGGUCCUGCACGACCACAUCGCCUACCGCUAUGAGGUUCUGGAGAUGAUUGGAAAAGGGUCCUUUGGACAGGUGGCCAAGUGCUUGGAUCAUAAAAACAAUGAAUUGGUGGCCUUGAAAAUCAUCAGGAACAAGAAGAGAUUUCACCACCAGGCCCUGGUGGAGCUGAAGAUCCUGGAAGCUCUCAGACGGAAGGACAAAGACAACACCUACAACGUGGUGCACAUGAAGGACUUCUUCUACUUCCGCAAUCACCUCUGCAUCACCUUUGAACUCCUGGGAAUCAACUUGUAUGAGUUGAUGAAGAACAACAGUUUCCAAGGCUUCAGUCUCACCAUCGUUCGGCGCUUCACCCUCUCUGUCCUGAAGUGUUUACAGAUGCUCUACAUGGAGAAGAUCAUUCACUGUGACCUCAAGCCUGAGAAUAUAGUGUUGUGCCAGAAAGGCCAAGUCUCUGUUAAAGUCAUUGACUUUGGAUCAAGCUGUUAUGAACACCAGAAAGUCUACACCUACGUCCAGAGCCGGUUCUACCGAUCCCCAGAGGUGAUCCUGGGCCAUCCAUACAACAUGGCCAUUGACAUGUGGAGCCUGGGCUGCAUCAUGGCCGAGCUACACACGGGCUACCCGCUGUUCCCCGGGGAGAACGAGGUGGAGCAGCUGGCCUGCAUCAUGGAGGUGCUGGGCCUGCCACCAACCCGCUUCAUCCAGACGGCCUCCAGGAGACAGAUGUUCUUUGAUUCCAAAGGUUUUCCUAAAAAUAUAACCAACAACAGGGGGAAAAAGAGAUACCCGGAUUCCAAGGAUCUCACCAUGUUGCUGAAAACCUACGACACCAGCUUCCUGGACUUUCUCAGAAGGUGUUUGGUCUGGGAGCCCUCUCGUCGCAUGACCCCUGACCAGGCGCUCAAGCAUGCUUGGAUUCAUGAGCCUCGGAACCUCAAAGCUCAGCCCAGGCUUCAGACCUUGAGGAAAACGAGUCUCUGUUUCCCCUCUGAGUCCAGGAAGGACAAAGUUCAAGCACAGCGUCACUUGGACAAAAAAGAUGUGGUCCUCCAAGUAGAGGCUAAAGACAAAAUCAAAGAUGGCGCCACCAAGCAGGAUGAGAAUCCAGGCAAUCAGCGAGGCUCUGGCCAGCACACAGCCGAGGUGAUCCAGCUGCCUCAUCUGGCAGAAGCUUCCGGAAAGCCAGAGGUGGCUGUUGGGCCAGCGGAGCCCAAGACCUCCGCGGGACAACAGAACAAAAAGCCCUCCCCCAAGAAAACAAACGCUUUACCACCUAUUGUGUGA